CUGAGCGCUGUGUGAGAGGGUGAUAGAGCUCGACGGCGUCAUGGCGGAGGCCGGCUGUUGUGGGACCCGCGGCUGAAAUGCCUGCUGCCUUUUCCCUUUACUUCUGCUCGGGGAACACCAGCAAGUACUUCAGAUUUCAAACGGCGACGUUUCUGAGUUGGGACACGGGAGUCUAAAGGAGAACCAAACACGAGAACUUAGCUGAGUGUGAAGUUGGACUGUUUUUGAGAGGCUGCUCUCAACUGAGAGCGAGCUAGCUGGCUGCGGCUAGCUGCUAACGUUAGCUAGCCGACUGAAAUAAGAAAAAAAGGGGGACGGUGGGAGAGCGGGACCUGGCAGCGGACUGGAGCCAGGCAGGUGAACUUCACUGUUCAAGGCUGGAGGGUUGGGAUAUUUAAGAACAUAAACAUAGCAGCAAACAUUCUUGUUGUAAAGGCCCAAGCAUUUGAGCCACAGUCAUGGAUGGCCGCAGUGAAGACGAAAGUGUGAGCAACAGUAGUGGAGAGUCCAGUAACUCUGAUGAUGAGUCUGGAUCUGGGUCUGGAUCAGGUUCUGGCUCCGGCUCCAGCUCCAGCAGCAGUAGCUCCAGCAGUAGCCAGUCAGGGAGCAGCGACUCAGGAAGUGGCUCAGACUCAGGCAGCCAAUCUGACUCUGAGUCUGAGAAAUCCAAGGGGAAGAAUGAUCAGGGCAGCAACCCUGCCAAGAUUGAUACGUCAGAAUUUUGGAAGUCUAACCCAAGUAUCCUGGCAGUGCAGAGGUCAGCCAUGCUCAGGAAACAGCAGCUCCAGCAGCAGCAACGGCAACAGAGCUCCUCAAACAGUGACUCCGAUGAGGAGUCCUCCAGCAGUGAUGACUCGGACGAUGACUCAUCAAGGAAGAAAAAGAGUAAAGGGUCCUCAGACUCCGAUUCAGGGUCUGGCUCUGGGUCUGGUUCAGGGAGCGACUCAUCUGAUUCUUCAGCUGAGGAAGAGAACAGUGAAGAGUCUGUUUCAGACUAUGAGCCCAGCCACAAAGUUAAAAGCAGAAAACCACCUAACAAGGCCACUGCCAGAAAUGGCAAAAAGAGCAAGACUCCAAAAAAGAAACCCUCUGGCUCUUCAUCAGAAGAUGAGGAUGACUAUAAGAAGGCUCUGGCAGGUCCUCGUCGGCAGGCCACAGUCAAUGUGAGCUACAAAGAGGAUGAAGAGCUGAAGACAGACUCAGACGAUUUGGUGGAAGUCUGUGGGGAGGAUGUGCCCCCACCUGAGGAGGACGAAUUUGAGACCCUGGAGAGAGUGAUGGCCAUGAGAAUAGGACGGAAAGGAGCCACUGGAGCCACCACCACAGUUUAUGCUGUUGAAGCUGAUGGGGACCCCAAUGCCAACUUCAACCCAAACAAGCAGCCAGGAGAUGUGCAGUACCUGAUCAAAUGGAAGGGAUGGUCGCACAUUCACAAUACGUGGGAGACUGAGGAGACUCUUAAGCUCCAAAAUGUGAGGGGCAUGAAAAAACUGGACAAUUUCAAAAAGAAGGAGCAGGAGAAAAAGAAGUGGCUCAAAACAGCUUCUCCUGAAGAUGUGGAAUACCUUAACUGCCAACAGGAACUCAUGGAUGACUUGCAUUCACAGUAUCAACUCGUGGAGAGAAUUAUUGGUAAAGGGAUACUUGAUCUUCACUCGCAUUUAAUAAUUGCAAGUUGUUUGAUUACAGUUUGGUUAAUGCUGAUGUUGCUUUCAAUUUUGCCAGGUCAUUCAAAUCAGAAGUCGGCAGCAGGCUACCCAGACUAUUUGUGCAAAUGGCAAGGGCUGCCUUACUCGGAAUGCAGCUGGGAAGAUGGGGCACUUAUUGCUAGGAAGUUCCAGAAGUGCAUAGAUGACUACAUGAGCCGGAACCAGUCCAAAACGGUUCCCUCCAGAGACUGCAAGGUUUUAAAGCAGAGGCCACGGUUUAUGCCUAUGAAGAAACAGCCUCAUUAUAUUGGCGGAGAUGGACUUGAGCUUAGGGACUACCAGCUGGACGGCUUGAAUUGGAUGGCCCAUUCGUGGUGCAAGGGAAACAGUUGUAUUCUAGCAGAUGAGAUGGGCCUGGGGAAGACCAUUCAGACCAUCUCUUUUCUCAACUACUUGUUUCACGAGCAUCAGCUCUAUGGACCUUUCCUUCUGGUAGUGCCCUUGUCCACCCUUACCUCUUGGCACAGAGAGAUAAACCUCUGGGCUCCACAGAUGAAUGUUGUUGUCUACCUGGGGGAUAUCAACAGUAGGACCAUGAUCCGAACUCAUGAAUGGAUGCAUCCACAGAACAAGCGACUAAAGUUCAAUAUUCUACUCACUACAUAUGAAAUCCUCCUAAAAGAUAAGUCUUUUCUGGGGAAUGUGAGCUGGGCUUUCAUUGGCGUCGACGAAGCGCACAGGCUGAAGAAUGACGAUUCACUUCUGUAUAAGACCAUGAUAGACUUUAGAUCCAACCACCGGCUCCUAAUCACAGGAACACCUCUUCAGAACUCUCUUAAAGAGCUGUGGUCUCUUCUUCAUUUCAUCAUGCCAGAGAAGUUUCACUCAUGGGAGUUGUUUGAGGAAGAGCAUGGUAAGGGAAGAGACUCUGGCUACACCAGCCUGCACAAGGAGCUGGAGCCCUUCCUGCUGCGCAGGGUCAAGAAGGAUGUGGAGAAGUCACUGCCUGCCAAGGUGGAGCAGAUCCUCAGGGUUGAGAUGAGUGCCAUGCAGAAACAGUACUACAAGUGGAUCCUGACAAGAAACUACAAGGCCCUGAGUAAAGGCAUGAAAGGGAGCACAUCAGGGUUCCUCAAUAUCAUGAUGGAGCUGAAGAAGUGCUGUAACCACUGCUACCUCAUCAAACCGCCUGAGGACAAUGAAUUCUACAACAGAGCAGAGGCCUUGCAGCACUUGAUACGCAGUAGUGGGAAGCUGGUCCUGCUGGACAAGCUGCUGGUGCGGUUGAAAGAACGUGGCCACCGUGUGCUCAUCUUUUCCCAGAUGGUCCGGAUGCUGGACAUCCUGGCUGAGUACCUGAAGAGCCGCCAGUUCCUGUUUCAGAGAUUGGAUGGUUCCAUUAAGGGCGAGAUGAGGAAGCAGGCCUUAGAUCAUUUCAACGCAGAAGGCUCUGAAGAUUUUUGUUUCCUUUUGUCCACGCGAGCGGGUGGUCUGGGUAUUAACCUUGCAUCUGCAGAUACCGUGGUUAUCUUUGACUCUGACUGGAAUCCCCAGAAUGACCUGCAGGCGCAGGCCAGAGCUCACAGGAUUGGGCAGAAACGACAGGUAAACAUCUAUCGUCUGGUGACCAAGGGUUCUGUGGAGGAAGAUAUCAUUGAGAGAGCCAAGAAGAAGAUGGUGCUGGACCACCUUGUAAUUCAGAGAAUGGACACCACAGGAAAGACCGUCCUCCAUACUGGUGCUGCUCCCUCCAGUAGUUCAACCCCUUUCAACAAGGAAGAGCUGUCUGCUAUUCUGAAGUUUGGUGCUGAAGAACUCUUUAAGGAGCCAGAAGGGGAAGAGCAAGAGCCUCAGGAAAUGGAUAUUGAUGAAAUUCUGAAGAGAGCAGAAACCAGGGAAAAUGAUCCUGGCCCAUCCACUGUAGGAGAAGAACUUCUCUCUCAGUUCAAGGUGGCAAACUUCUCUAUGAUGGAGGAGGAGGAGAUUGACAUGGACCCAGAUAGCAACCAGAAGAACUGGGACAAUAUCAUCCCAGAAGAGCAGCGGCGGAGGAUGGAGGAGGAAGAGAGGCAGAAAGAGUUGGCGGAGAUUUACCUGCUUCCCCGCAUGAGGAACUGUGCCAAACAGAUAAGCUUUAAUGGUAAUGAGGGCAGACGAAGUCGGAACAGAAGAUACUCUGGCUCAGACAGUGACUCUGCAUCAGACAGAAAGCGUCCUAAGAAGCGAGGUAGACCUCGAACUAUUCCACGAGAGAAUAUUAAGGGCUUCAGUGAUGCUGAAAUACGGAGAUUCAUCAAGAGCUAUAAGAAGUUUGGUGGUCCUUUGGAAAGACUGGAUGCUAUUGCCCGGGACGCUGAGCUGGUGGAUAAAUCAGAGCAUGACUUGAGGCGAUUGGCAGAUACUGUGCACAAUGGCUGCCUAAAAACCCUGAGGGAAAACCCCUGUGGACCAGAGAAGACCUCAGGAGGCAGACGAGGCAAGGUGAAAGGACCCACUUUCAGGAUCUCAGGGGUUCAAGUCAAUGCUAAGCUAGUAAUCUCUCAUGAGGAAGAACUGGCACCACUGCACAAGGCCAUUCCUGCAGACCCAGAGGAGAGGAAGAGGUACACACUUCCUUGCCAUGCAAAAGCAGCUCAUUUUGACAUUGAGUGGGGUAAAGAGGAUGACUCCAGCCUUCUUAUUGGGAUUUAUGAGUAUGGCUAUGGGAGCUGGGAAAUGAUUAAGAUGGACCCAGACCUCAACCUCACCCAUAAGCUCUUACCAGAUGACCCUGAUAAGAAACCACAGGCCAAACAGCUCCAGACACGAGCAGACUACCUCAUCAAAUUGCUCAGUAAGGACCUCGCCAAGAAGGAGGCCCAAAGGCAAACGGGCAUGGCAAAUUCACGAAAGAGGAAGCCACGAGGGAAGAAGAACAAAGCUGUGAAACCGAAGGUGGACGAGGUGACCAACAGUCUGUCUUCUGCUGCACCUUCAGACAAAAGCUCAGAGGAUGAAGAUGAAAAAGAAGAAAAGGAUGCACCCCCUCCCAAGCCAGCCCCAGGUAGAAAGGGACGGGCCUCUGAUCGAGUGGUAGAGGAAGAGGAAGAACUGGAACCAGAAGCACAUGUCAAAGAGCCAGAGGAGAAGGAAAUGAAAGAGAAGGAGGUAAAGAAAGAGAUCAAAAAGGAGAAAAAGGAGGAAGGCCGUGAGAGCAAAGAGAAAAAGGAGCCAAAGGAGAAAAAGGAGACCAAGCCUGUGGAGCCAGUGCACAAAGUGGAGGAGUCUAUUACAGAGAAGACUCUGGAGCUGAAAGCUGAAGUCCGGGACAAGACUAAGAAGACUGACACUCCAGUCCACAUCACAGCAGGGGCAGAGACUCUUCCAGUCUCUGAGGAAUCUGAGGAGCUUGACCAGAGGACUUUCAGUGUGUGUAAGGAGCGCAUGCGGCCGGUAAAGGCAGCUUUGAAGCAACUGGACCGUCCUGAGAAAGGUCUUUCAGAGCGCGAACAGCUGGAGCACACUCGCCAGUGCCUGAUCAAAAUUGGAGACCACAUCACAGACUGUGUAAAAGAAUACACCAACCCUGAACAGAUUAAACAGUGGAGGAAAAACCUUUGGAUAUUUGUUUCUAAAUUUACUGAAUUUGAUGCAAGAAAACUGCAUAAAUUGUAUAAACAUGCAAUCAAGAAAAGACAAGAAAACGCUCAGACAGCGGACCAGAACACUAGCACUGUAAAUACGCAAUCUUUUAAACAUGCAGACAUUGAGAGGUUAAAGGACUCUCAGCAGGAUGAGAGCAGCAGAGACAGCUACAGCUCAGACCGGCACCACUCAGCCUCACGGAGCCAUGAGCAGAGCAAAGAGCGCCAGGCCAGCGAUUCGUACAGGAAGGGCUCGGACAGCAGAAAGAGACCGUACCCCUCCUUCAGCAAUGGCAAAGACCACCGUGAGAGAGAACGAGACCACUACAGAGAUCGCCAGGACAGCAGGUACUACGGCGACAGUAAGCACAGGAAGCUAGACGAUCAUCGCUCCAGUCGAGACCAUUGGUCAGACAGCAGCUCUAAGGACCGCCUGCACUCGGAGCACCGAUCCCAGCCGGACCACCGCUCGCACUCUGAGCAUCGCUCCAGCUCUGACUACAGCCAUCAUAAGCCCUCUCGGGACUAUCGCUACCACUCAGACUGGCAAAUGGAGCACCGGGCGUCAGGCAGCGGGCCACGUUCUCCUAGAGACCAGCGGUCACCUUAUGACUCACGCUCACCCUUGGGCCACCGUUCGCCCUUUGAGUACUCCUCUGACCACAAGAGCACACCCGAGCAGGUCUGGAGCAGUCGUAAGACAUAGCGCAUGCUGCUUGGCUUGCCCUCAAUCAGCCAUAGACAAAACACAAACGCAGGAAAUGCCUUAUUGGACUAUUGGCCGCUGUACUGCGCACUGGGCUUUUCUUGAGGCCCUGUGCUCUCCUCUCCUCUUCUGUUCUCCAGGGUGACUUUGAAAGACUGGGGAGUAAACACAGAUUGCAUAUUUUUGUAUUUAAGAGUCUCGUUGCACCAUUUCAUAGGUGCAGCAGUGUAAGGGUUUUUUUUUAUUAUUAUUAUUUUUAUAAAUUGACUACUUUUUUCCUUAUUUUCCUCCUUUUUUUUCCUUUUUUUUAUUAAGAUGAAUAAAAAAAAUUCUAAUCCGGUGCGUUCAUGUUCCACCGCCACCUGCAACACUGGAUCCUGGCAUUGACGUACCACAUCCGUGAUGUACUGCAGCUCUUUACUUAUUUAAGAGAAGUGUGUGAACAGAUGAAACUAGGAUCAUAUGUCUUGAUAUCAUGCUAAGAGUGGAUUAAAGGGUCUCUCUUCAAAGCAGUCUGAAGGACUGGGGUUCACCUUCCAAAGUACCUCGUUUACAAUGUUUUCAUGUGACCACCCUGCCGACUUUUUCUGUAUGUGUUGUUUGUUUAUCUUUCCAUCAUGCUUGAAUUAUUUAAUUCUCUCAGCUGUAAAAUAAUCUGGAUUCUGUGUUUGAGCAUCUGAAAAUGUCCUUUUCACAAAUUGUACUACUGUAAAUUAUUGUAUAAAAGUAAAUCAAAUGGGCUUUUUCUUCUCAGGCUUUUUUGUUUUGUUUUCUUUGAACUAGACGUUCCCUUUCCCCAUCAACUCAGGCUUUUUUUGUCAGUUGUAUUGAUUUAACCAUACAGUUUCUGUUUGACAGUUUAUCUAAAUAUGCUAUUUAGAAUGUAACUCGGGGAAUGGGGAAACUAUUCCAUUUGUGUAUUCCUGUAGAGAGACUCCUUGUGUCUCUCCUUAUUGGUUAAUUCAGUUGUUAAUUUGUAAGUUUAGCAAAAAGCCUCACCUAACUAGCUACACCAUGUCAUUAAAAAGAACAGUGUGAGGGGUUGAUCAUAGCUAGAGGCACUUAUUUGACUUGAAUUAGGGUUUUUAAUUUUUUUGUUUUUUUGGGGGGGGAUAAUGAAAUUCCACCCUUUUUCAUAUAUAUAAAAAUAUAAAUGUAGGCAAUAACGUAAAAUCUUCUAUGCAGCCCAAGUGUAUUUCUGGUGAAUGGCCCGAUCAAGUCAAAAAUGCUGUUACAGUACACACUGUAUAUAGAUCUCCUCUAUAUUUCAAAUCAAAUUUACACUGAAUGCAUGGAUUUUUAAAAAUAAUUGUUUUAUAUAAUUGUUUAUAAAGUCAUUAAACUCAGAUCACUGUUUUCA